AUGGAUGAGAUGAGUUCCUGCCACGCGGCAGCCUCUCAUGACCAAGAUCCUACCGAACCAACGGCGGCACAACCAAGCUCCGGCGAGGCCCCUGCAGACACAAGACCCGAGGAGGAUCAGCUGCUUGCAGACGCCCGGGCAAGCGCCAAGGAUGCUAAGGAUGAGCAGUUGGCAGUAGACGAUGUCUCCUCCAGCCAGAAAACUCCCAAACCUUUGAGCUUCGUUCUGGACGCCCUUGAGGAAGAGUCCAAGGAUCAGUACAACCAGAUGGUGGCCCGGAUCUGCCAGAGCCAGGACCCGGGUAAGGAAGCAGUGGACCGACUCAGGGCAGCAGCUGUGGCUGCUUGGCAAGCAGCCUGCGUGAAGCAGAUGCAGCCAGAUAUGGAUGCGGCCGACACCAUGGCCCUGCAACGCAUCCUUGCGCAGGGCCCCGUGGCGGAGCCGUUGCUCGAAGCUUUCCAUGACCAGUGGAGCCGAAAAGUUUACGACGAGGACGCCGUCGGCCGCUCCCUCGAUCUUAGACACAAGCCGCAGUCGAUGACGCUCAAGGAGUACAUGAAGAGCGUUUCCCAGGAGUUCUAUAGCGACUUGCUCGAUGACAGGGCCUCCAUCGACCCGCUUCAGAUGCAGCGAGAGACUCCGCUGACACAGGUCGCUGCUGUCGAAGUGGCGCACGCCUUGGCCCGGCUGAGCGCAGGCCACGGACUUCCCCCAGACGGCCAUGUGGUCCAUGCCCAGUUCCAAGGCUUGUCCAAGUACCUCUGGAAUGGUCCCCUGCAGCAUGCCAAGCUGACCAAGGCGAUUCCUCAGAGCGAAAGUGAGUGGGACAUUGCCAACGCAAAGUUGGCGCAGCUGAUCAUAGGCGAGAGUGCUUCUGGCAAGGACAAUGCCAAGAGUCUUCUGGCAACCUGGAUGAAAGACUUGCGGGGACAGGCUCCUGUCAUGUCCAGGGAGGCUUUACUGGAGCAAGGAAAUAUAACUAUUUCCGGCAUUUUCAACCGAUUGAAGGCCGCAGACAGCAACCUUCAAGUCGUCAAUCCGGAAUUAGAAAAAGUGCUACAGGGCCGCAAGCGCGACGUCUACUUGCAGGAUUCACAAAUGAUAGAGCUCUUAGACGGCACGGCUACAGGGAAGGCCAAUGGGAAUGAAGACACAGUGCUCACUGCAAACGCUUGGGCAUCUCUCGGAAGCCAGCUCAAGGUUUACGUGUCACAACUCGCAGGGGAUGCCUGCGCCCGGUUCCGCUUCUCGCCCUCCUUCAUAGAUGAUCACGCAGUGGCGGACACAGCGUUCGAAGAGAAAUUGCUGCCCAGGCGGUGCUCUCAGGCGCUAGCAGUGAGUGUGCUGAAGGCGAUCCUGGCAGCUCAGCACCGCGUUGCUCCCCCGGAACAGAGCAGCAAGGGCAGUGCCGAGGAAGAUCCGAUCCGCCUGCGACAGCCUAAGCGCAAACGAGACUUCCUUGUCGAAAGCUUCUUUUUAAGUCUGUAUAUCUAG